AUGGCCCACGGAGAUGCCUCCCUCCGCAACGCGCAGCACCUCACCUCUGCCCCGCGGGCCGCCCUGCUCCUCUGCCUGGGCUUUGCCUCCUUCCACUCGGCUUGCUGGGCAGAAGUCAGCAGCAGCAGCAACAACUCAACCUUGACCACCCACCACCCAGAUCCAGGGACCCUGGAACAGUGCCCCAAUGUGGACUUCUGCCCCCAGGCGGCCCGGUGCUGCCAUGCUGGAGUGGACGAGUACGGCUGGAUCGCGGCUGCGGUGGGCUGGAGCCUCUGGUUUCUCACCCUCAUCCUGCUCUGCGUGGACAAACUGAUGAAGCUGACUCCAGAGGAGCCCAAGGACUCGCACGCAUGA